UUAAUUGUUUAUCUAAUGCGUAUCCAUUUUUGGAUAAUUUAUUGUACAUUUUUUAUAGUGCGGUUGUUUCCUUAACUUUUAUUUAAGUAGUAAGUGCAAUAUCUUUUUUAUUAGAGUUGCUUUUUUAUAUUUUGUAUUGAAAUAACGUUUUUCUUGGUUGCUCAAUUAUUUCAGCAUACAACAGAUGUAUAAUACUCUGUUUAUUUUAUAAUUAGAGUUAAAAUAGAGUUGGUGCGCAAAAAUGUUCUAGUUAGGUGUAUUAUAAUGCAUAGAUUAUAAAGAGAACUAUGUAUAUAAUUAAUAGUAUAGUGCCACAAUUUAUAUUUACUAUAAAUUUAUAUUUACUAUAAAUAUUGUUUGAAUGUGGAUCAUAUAUAAAUAGGAAUCAUAUAAUGAGAUAACCCUGGUAAUAACCUGUUGAAUAUUGGAUUAGACGCACUACCAAGUAUAAUAUUGCUUUAUCAACCAAGUAAGUUGAAGGGAGAUGGAGUUAUUGACGUCUUUCUGUUAUGCACAGAAUCCGAACGUAUGUUUGGACCACGUAAAGUUUAGAACGUUGGAAGUUAUUGGUUGGAAGUUGAAGUUAAAGCGCAAGGUCGAAAAGAUAACGUGUUUUGUUUUGUAGUUUGUAGUUUUGUAGCUGGAUAACUCAACGUUCGGUAUAUACGUUUUAUUUUUUUAAAGAAAAUGUAGAAUAGAUAAGAAAUGUGGCUUAAAUUAAUAAUCGGAGUAGUAGCAUUUAGAGUUAUGUGUAGCUUGGUAAAUGCAUCAUCAAAUUCAACAGAACCAAAUAUUCCAUCUUUACCCUUCUGUCCCAACAAGAAUGGAUCAGGUGUAAUAUUAGUGAGUACAUUGGAUGGAAAACUUUCUGCAUUAAAUUCGUCAGGACAGUUAAAAUGGGAAAUCGAAACUGGCCCUGGACCGUUGCUUAUAUCAAACAUUCAUAAAUUGGAGUUGACCAAUAAUGGAGAAUGGAUCAGAAUAAUUCCUUCAUUAGCUGGAACUUUAUAUAAAUUUGAUGGAAAUACAAUUGAUCCCAUUUCAAUAUCAGCUGAGGCCCUACUAAGAUCUUCUUUCCGCUAUUCAGAUGAUCUUGUUAUUGCUGGUGGAUUAGAGGUUCGUACUUAUGGCGUUGGAUUUAACUCAGGCAAAAUGCUUUAUGAAUGCAAUCAAAGUAAAUGUUCUACUCAUGAAAAAGAAGAAAUGGAUGAUGUCUUGAUCAUUGAAAGAACUACUCAGACAAUUAGAGCUGUCGAACCAAGGACUGGUUACGAAAGGUGGAACUUCAGUGUGGGACUUCACAAUAUUAAGCUACCUCAAGUGUCAUGCAUAGACCCUAAGUUAUUUAAUCCUAAUAUAACAGCUGUUGUUCCUGAAGGCUUGUUAUCAGUUUCUUUAGAAAAAAAUGGACUCACAGAAAAAUGGCAGUAUAGGUUUAACGCUCCUAUUGUCCGUGUUUGGAAUUGGAAUGGUAUGGAAUUAAACGAAGUGAACUUAUUUUUAUCUAAAAAUGCACCACAAUUAGUAACACCCACAUCACUGUUACCGUCAAUUUAUAUUGGUAUACAUAAGAAACAAUUAUAUAUCUAUGAAUCUCUAGAAAUGCAAAGUAUUCUUAAAUCACACACAGGCACAGAAUUAAUUGAGGCUGAGAGUACUAGCUUAACGAAAAUUCCAUGGAAGCCUAUAUCUGCUUCUAAUGAGAUCACAGAAGAUGAUUCCACUGCUUUGUCGGUAUUGCAUAAUUCAGAAUAUGUAAACGGCAAUGGAUAUUAUUUGUAUACUGAGCAGGCUCUCAAAGAAAAAGAUAGCCAGCAUUGUGAAAAAAAUCAUAGUAACGUCAUAGACACUGUUGAUGUUGAAGAAGAAGCGAUUUACACUGGCUUCCUGUAUUAUUUAUCCACUUAUCUCAGAUAUUACAAAGAGUUUGUUUUAAUGGUAUUUACAAUACUUAUAGUCUCAUAUAAAGUUUGGACUAAAAACCACCCUAAACAUAAAGAAAUAAUAAUUAUAGAGAAGCCAGUAGAGGCCCGUAUAACUACUCGGCCUGAUAGGCAAAUAUCAGAUAAAAGUGAAGGAUUUACAUCAAGAUUUCAGGAAGACUAUGACACAAUCCAGUGUCUUGGAAAAGGCGGUUUUGGAGUGGUUUUUGAGGUGAAACAGAAAUAUGAUGAUUGUCAUUAUGCUAUCAAAAGGAUUACUUUACCUAAUGAAGAAACAUCUAGAGAUAGAGUUAUGAGGGAAGUAAAGGCAUUAGCAAAAUUAGACCACAAAAAUAUUGUAAGAUACUUUUCAUGCUGGCUUGAACAUCCACCAUUAGGCUGGGAGGAAGAACAUGACAAAAAUUAUUUAGAGUUAUCUAUGUCUGGUAAUUUUACUGCAUCUGGAAUCACCAAAUCUACUGCCGUAAAGAGAACCAAAUCACAUUCCAUUUGUAUUCCGCUGUGCUCAAAUGAUGAACCGAGUUUUGAUAGUGAAAGUGAUCAUGAUGAGACUGGCUAUAGUGAUGAUGACGAUGACGAUUCUUUUGUUGUAUUUGAAAAUGACGAGGAUGAAUCAAAUCAGACUGAAAGCACUGCAAUUUGCUGUAAAGAUGAACUACCUCUUGUCCCAUUUAAACAAAACACUACCAGCAAGUAUGUUGGUGAAAACGAUGAAAUCAAAUCAUUUGGUAGUGAAGCAGUAUCAUUGUCUGAGCAUUUGCAAAAGAAGAUCAACUGGAAGCGGCCAGAGAGGAAGCAUUAUUCUUGGGAUUUGUCUCAAACUAACUUAAUGCAAGUUAUAUCUCCGACUCCUCCAACUUACCUUUAUAUUCAGAUGCAGCUGUGCCAAAAGGAGAGUUUGAAAGAGUGGUUGCAUAGUCAUUACAACAGAGACUACAGUGAAAUGUUGAAAAUAUUUUCACAAAUUAUUGAUGCAGUGGAGUAUGUACAUUUGAGAAAGCUAAUUCACAGAGACUUAAAGCCAAGUAACAUAUUCUUUUCCCUGGAUGGUCAAAUCAAAGUUGGCGAUUUUGGUUUAGUAAAAGAUGUGGAAGGAACGAUAGAUAAAGAAUUUACAAGAAGAAACCAAUCAGCUUCAUACAGGGGGCAUACAAGAGAAGUUGGAACUCAACUCUAUAUGAGCCCUGAACAAUUUAAAGGCAAAUUAUACGACUACAAAGUGGAUAUAUAUUCUUUGGGAAUAAUUCUGUUUGAAUUGCUGGUUCCUUUUAAAACUGACAUGGAACGCAUUAAGACUUUAACUGACUUGAAGGGGCAGAAGUAUCCUGAGGGAUUUCAAAAUAAAUUCCCUUCGGAGUUUUCUUUACUGCAAGAAAUGCUCAAUGAGAAUCCAUCCAAGAGAUUAACAACCAUUGGGAUAAAAGCAAGAAAACCAUUCAGCAAAAUUACGAAUAUUCACCCGAAGAAGAUUAUAACUUAAAAAGUUUCCAUAUGUAAUUUUCGAAAUUAUUUUUUACAUAGUCAUUUUUGUUUGAUUCUUUGUGACAUUGACUAAGCAUCAUUUGUGCAUGGACUAGCAUUCUUAGAUGUUAAAGAAUCUGUGAUUGUAUUAUUUACCGAUUUUAUAUCAGUCCUUUUUUUAAGUCUGCUGCAAAUUUAAUUAUUUUGCAGUUUUUUACAUCAUAAGAUAUGAAAUAUUUUGACUGUUAAAGUAGACUUAGGCAAUAUAAGACUUGUGAUACGCUACUGAUAUAGGGUUAGAACUCUGUAUGUUUUAAGUAUUCGGGAGACUAUUUUUAGUCUCUUUUUAUUAUCUCUUAGGUUUAUUCCUCCGUUUGUCUUACUUGGACAAAAAUAAAACAUUAUUUUUUA